AUGGUGGCUGAAUACAAUUCUGCAAUGUUCAGAAUUAGUUCCCAGUUGAAGCUCUGUGGAGAAACAAUAACUGAGGGCGAUAUGCUGGAAAAGACUUUCAGCACCUUUCAUACCUCCAACGUGCUCCUACAGCAGCAGUAUAGAGAAAUAGGCUUUACCAAUUACAACCAGCUGAUAUCUGUACUUCUUGUAGUCGAGCAAAACAAUAAGCUUCAGAUGAAGAAUCAUCAGUCCCGACCUACUGGAUCAUCACCAUUCCCAGAAAUGAAUGUUGCUUCCUUUGAAGGAAAUACCACAUCCUCUUGUGGAAAUAAUUACAAACGAGGAAAUGGCCACAAGCGAGGCCGGUGGAAUGGGAAGGACAAGAACCAUGGUGUUCAGUUUCACAACCAGGUUCCAAGGUGUGGUGGCAAUGGGCAUCGGGCGUGUACCCGUCGUACCCCAAAACAUCUAGUCGAUCUGUAUCAAGCCUCCCUUAAAGAGAAGGGUGUCGAGACCAAUUUCCUCGACCAAGCUCAACCAAUGGAAAUAUUUGAUCCAAUGUCCAAUUUAUCAAGACAAUUAAACACAACCCACCUGGAUGUUUCAGACUUUAUUAUUGAAAGAGGGAAAGAAGUUUAUGGGUCUGAUUGA